UGCGGCCAGUCCGCCACCUGCAUGCUCCCCUUCGAGCUGCUGCUCUCCAACCCCCUGCAGUUCUUUCGGAUCGAGGUGGCUCUGGAGGAUAUCAAUGACCAUUCACCUUUCUUUCCUGAGAAAAAAGUCACAUUUAAGAUUCUGGAGACGAGCGACUCGGGUUCACGUUUCCCCCUAGAGGGUGCUCAGGACCUCGAUAUUGGCAGCAACACAGUCCAGGCAUAUAGCAUUUCUCCCGUGAACGAGUACUUUAGUGUUUACUAUGGGACUCGGAUUAAAGACAAGAAGUAUCUUGAACUUGUUUUGGAAAAGCCACUAGACAGAGAGGAGCAUGCAGAGAUGAGUUUCAGUGUCAUUGCUGUGGAUGGUGGCUCUCCUCCCAGGACUGGGACAACCGAAGUGAAAAUUGCCAUACUAGAUGUAAACGACAAUGCUCCCAUCUUCACAAGGGAGGAGUAUAUAGGGAAAGUUUUUGAAAACAUGCCAAAAAAUUCAGUAGUUUUAACUGUGCUGGCAACGGAUCAGGAUGCAGGAGUUAAUGGAGAUAUCUCCUAUAAACUUAGUGAAGCAGUGGGACACAGUCACUCUACAUUUGCCAUUGAUCCCAUAACUGGUGAAAUUAAAAUAGCAAAACCUCUAGACUAUGAGGCAGCAGAAUCACAUGAGCUCCGUGUGACAGCCACAGAUGGUGGAGGACUCUCAGCCAUCUGCAAAGUGCUGGUGGAGGUGGUGGAUGUGAAUGACAAUGCCCCAGAGGUGGUGGUCAGCUCCUUCAGCAGUCCCCUCCCCGAGAACACAGCGCCCGGCACGGUGGUUGCCCUGUUUACGGUCAGGGACCGGGAUUCUGGGGCCAACGGGAAGAUCUCGUGUGGCCUCGAGGAUCAGCUCUUCUUCUCGCUGCGGCCAGCCUAUAAGAAUUACUAUGAGCUGGUGACAGUGAGCGCGCUGGACCGCGAGGAGACGGCUCGCUACAUCCUCAGGGUGACGGCGGCAGACGCGGGGUCGCCUCCUCUGACGAGCACGCAGACCUUCACCGUGGACAUCUCGGAUGUCAAUGACAACGCCCCCGUCUUCAACCAGACGUCGUACACCAUGUACGUGCGUGAGAACAAUGU